AUGGUAAAGAUCUAUUUCGGCAGGGAGUUGUCAACUUACACAUUGGAGGAGUUGAAUACGCUUACGCCGCGAGAUGUCAUCAGUAAAAUAGUUCCAAAAGAUCAAGAAGAUCGUUCUGUACUUUCCUACACUGGUCGGUUCUUGAAGCCAGAUGAGCCUCUUAGUACGCACAACAUUCGCGAAAACGAUAUUCUGAGAAUUUUACAAAAUGAUGGAGAGACCCCAGUGAACAAGCCAUGUGAUAAUGGAAUGCUUCGCGAAUGUGAUCGUCUUUUUGACUAUGUACAGAAAGAGGAAUCGGGCUAUAUGCACUUGCGUUUGAUCGCUGAUGUUACCACAACCGAUUACUUGAAGAAUCUCAUGGAAAAGUUCCCCGAACUACGUCAAGAUCCUAUUGCUUGUCACAUACUCAACGAUUACUACCUCCUCAAAGCUAUGGUUACAUUACCUAGUGAUGAAGAAGCACUGGAAAAGUUACGACAAUUCCAUGCUCAGCAUCCUGCUUUAUUACCAGCUAUCAAUUGGUUGUUGAAGAAGAACGCGCAGAAAGGAAGGGGAUCGUCUCAAGUAGGCAGAUUACAUGCUCGAACACCAAGAGGAGUUCACCAAGACGAAUCUCCUUCCCCUGCUGAACCACCGCAGAUCACACAAGAAAUGCUCAGACAGGCCAUGGCGUUGGCUUUUGGCGGUGCGAUACCCGGCGGAUCCGGCCGCAGUGGCACUAGCACCACAUCUCAUCCGGCGUCAUCAGUUCACACUCCCCCGCCUGCACCAAUUCCUGUGCCUCCCGCUACUCCAGAACCAUCCGCUCCGGGCCCUUCGGAUCAUAUCUUGCAGUUGCGUUCGCGUUUCGCUUCGCAACUGACGCAGUUGAACGAGUUCGGCUUUACCGAUGAGGCAGCAAAUUUAUCCGUGCUCGAGUCGGCUGACGGAAAUGUGGAGGUAGCAUUAGAUCUACUAAUUGCUAUGAGGGAAGAAGGCAUGUGAGAGCUUUUCACUGUACUUGAUAUUCCAUCUCUAACCACUUUUAUAUGUACAAAUGUAAGUGUAAUUCGGUUUUGCAUGUACACAAAUUUCUGUGAGAUGAAAGUUUCCUUUGCUUUCCAAUAUUCAGCCUCUUAAUUUUUUGUAUUAAAAAGAAAUUCACAGUGAUCAGGUUUUGUCAGGACUAUACAUACACUUCAGAAUUAUAGUUAGUAACUUGUGCAUUUGUGGGCAUUUUACGUGGUUUUAGGUUUUCUUUUAUCCUAGGGAUUCGUAAAUAAAAUCUUCGAUGAGAG